AUGUUUUAUCGUUGUUACAUUUUCCCUUCUUUUUUUAUUUGCCUUUAUUUUUUUUUUUGUUUUUUUCUUUCUUUGUCUUCUUUUAUAUUUCUUUCUUCAUUCCUUUCUCCCUUUCUUUCUUUCUUUCUUUCUUCUUUUUCUUCCAUCAUUCAUUUUUUCAUUAUUUCUUUUCAGUUAACCACUAUCCUUUUUAUAUUUCUGUCUCUUUCUUAUUUUCCUUCUGUUUUUAUUUUCUUUUCUUACCCCAUUUCUUUGUUAAAGUCUUCUUUCUAUUCUUCAUUCUUUUCUCUUUUUAUUUUCUUCCUUCUCAGAGUUAAUGUCUUUCUUUUGUUCUUUUUUUCGCUUUUCAUGAAAAUAAUUCCUAUUUAUUUUCUCGUGUAUUUUUUUUUUUUUUUUUUUACAUCUGUAAUUGCAUAUGCUCCUCUCAUGUUACAAACUUUUUGUUUCAUAACAUCUUUCGUUAUGUAG